AUGGACAGCAGCAGUAGCUCACUCAAUAAUCCAGAACUCUCUUCAGAUUUGAGCAAGAAGACUUCGGAGUUGGAAAUGCUGCAGAAACAGCAUGAAGUGAAAAUGUUGAGGAUCCAAGAGCUGAAGAAACAAAAAGAAGCAAUGAAGCUUCAGUUAGAGAAAAUUCCAGAGGAGAAGAAGGAAGUUUUCAGAAAUCUGAGUGAGAAAUACAACAGCCUGAGAAAUGAGUACAAUGCACUGUUGGGUGAAAAGUCACAGGAACCCAAGUAG